CUGUAGGAGCCUAAACAGCCAUUUUAAAUAAUUCAAACUUUGCAAGCAGAUUGUCUCUUUACAUGUGCACAUACACAUCACUGUGCUAGAUAAACAUUACUAUGGUUGUUGGCUUUGGAGUGUUGUCUUUCAAUUAUUUCUGAACAUUUAAUGAAACAAUGGCAGCAAUACAACUUGGAUUCUUACUUUUUUCAUUUUUUACAUGCAUCAGAAUAGAAGCACAAUAUGUCAUGCAAGAUGCUGAACUGGUGCAUUAUGUAGAUCGCCGAAUUAUCUCAAUGGAGAACCGAUUGAACAAAUGCAAUCAAGAUAUAGCAGAUUAUGUGGAAGAAUUCCAGGAAUUUUCAAAGAGGCUGAUGUCACGUCUAGAAGGACUCAACGUUUUAAAGACUGAGCUGAAAAAUGAUGUAAACCAUUUGCUAACAAGAGUGGAAAGAGCUCAAAGAGACAUUUACUACUUUGAAUCUGCAAAGGAGUCACCCAGCCCAUGCGUGGACGUUGAUGAAGACCUUUUGGAGCAGCAGUUAACUGAAGAACAAGAGUCUAAAAAAAAAGUCAAACUCAUGCUGAAUGCAAGUUGCAACUACAUGAUUACAGGCUUCAAAUCCCUAAAGGUAGUCAAGAAGUCUGGAGAUGCAAAUGGCUCAUGGCUGAAAGACCCUGGCAAGAAUUACCAAAAGAUUUACUUCUUAACUGGAACAAAGAAUAAAAUUGUUAUGGAGUUUGCAAAUAUUCGGGCUUUUGCUGAAAGUGGUAACAAACAUCUGGCUCGCAGAGUUGCACUACCAUUUCCCUGGCAAGGAACAGGCCAUGCUAUAUAUAAUGGCUUUCUGUUUUAUCAUAGAUACGGCUCCUUAAAUGAGAUAAUUAAGUUUGAUAUUCAGAACAGAAAUGCAACUGAUCAGAUGCUGUUGUCAGGUGCUGGAGAGAUACCUGCCUAUGAACUUCACCCUUCUACUAAAAUAGACUUCGCUGUGGAUGAAUUAGGAUUAUGGGCAAUCCAUGCAGAACCAGAUAUUGCUAGAAAGCUUGUGAUUACUAAAAUCAACCAUGAAACCAUGACUGUGGAAUAUACAUGGGAUACAACCUGCAGAAGCCAGAAUGCAGAAGCUGCUUUCAUGAUGUGUGGUGUUCUCUAUGUUGUAUACAAUUCACCAGGAGGUGCCUCUCAAAUAGAAUGUAUCUAUGACACCUUAGAUGUCAUCAGUCCAUAUGAAAACCCAGUAAUCCGUUUUCCCAAACGCCAGUCAAGUCACUCUAUGGUUCAUUAUUAUCCCAGAGACAAGCAGCUCUUUGCCUGGGAUGAUGGCUCCCAGGUCAUUUACAAGCUCCUGACAAGACAAAAAAGUUAAAAUAGAACAGAAUGCCCUCCACCUCAACCUAAAUAUUUGCAAUGAGCUUCAGGCAUUAACAGAUUUCUUAUUCUUCUUCCCCUCCCUCCUCUUCUCCCUUUCCUUUUUCCUUCUUCCCACAGUUUAUGGGGUGGUUGAUAAUUUGUUCUAUCUUUUAAAAAGCUGUCUCAGGCCUAUCUGAGAUCUGAGGGUGCUGUUGGAUUCAAGAAAUGGCUACUUACUUCAUGUAGUAAGUACUUUUGAAUGUAGUGCGCCUUGGAUUACUUCACUUCAGGAGGCAAGUGGCCAUUUAUUGGUCAGGAAAAUGGGAGUGCCUUCAGAGAAAAAUGAGGAGUGGGAAAGAAACAAGAUAGAGCAGCAUCAUUCUUUUUCACCUCUAGGAGUCUGGAGAAAAUAAAAGAAAGAAUACAUGCACUUUUAUUCAAUUGUAUAAUAUAUGCUGCUUGAUUUUGAAGCAUCCUUUACAUCUCUUUCUGUUUUCUUCUCUGUUUAUUUUCCUCUCAUCCUCAUCUAGAAUUUCUCCUGCUUUUCCCAGAGUACUUCAACUGAACCAAUUCUCUUUUGUAAUUUCAUUCUCUCCCCUUCCACAUACUUAUUGUCUCAAAUUUCUUCCUUGCUUUCCUUUUGCUUGGGAAAAAUAUUUGCAGUAGCAUGAUGUGUAUAUUUGUGUUAGUAUUCUUGACAGAGGGAAUCUAACCCGAGCAAGGAUAAGUGAGUAAGUGAAUUUAUGACUUUAUUGGAAAAAGAGGACCAUUUUAGGAAAUACAUGGUGGGGAUGGGGAAAACCUAAUACCUAGCUCAAUACACCAUGCAGAGAAAGGAAGCAACCUGAGAUCAACGAACUCAGAGGCAAACAUCAGACAGAGUGAGAGACGCAUCCUUCGCUCUCUUCCAUUCUAGCACUGAAGAUGUUACCUAGCCGGGUAAUGAAACAUUUGCAAGAAAACAACCAAGCUCAGAGAACCCCAGGGACUCCACCUUCACUCUCUAGAUGCAUCCCAUCUCCUCUUGUGCUCAGUAGAUUAUGAGACACUGAAGAGUCGGUCUCACUUCCAAUGAAACAGUAUGCUUUUCCCAAUAAAAGAUUUUCUGGCUAUGCCCAAUUAUUUUCAAGUAAAACUUGAAGGUUAUGCCUGAGACCUUGGAGACCCAAAAAGCAUAGAUAAUGUUGAGGAAGAUGGUUCAGCGCGUCUCUAUCUUUCUUGCAUUUCCUCUCUUUUCCAUUGUUGGAAGAUCUGUCCUCCAAGCCAGGAACUACAUUUAGAAUGUGAGAUAGCAACCAAGUUUGGUCCUGUUCCCUUGCCUUCUUACCAUGGUAAAGCUACCUUAUUCAUUGUGUGUGUGUGUGUGUGUGUGUGUGUAGAGCACCCUAAGGUAUACAAUCCUCUUUACUGUCUAUAUUUAUGAAUACUGUAGAAUAAUAUUAAUCCAUGCCAAUGAUUACUAUGAAUAAUUUUCACAAUUGCAUACGAAACAAAAAUGAAAACAAAAUAUCAUCACUGUACAUCUUAGCAGAGUCACAAAGCUGUCCUGCACAUAUAGAAUGGGAAUGUGCUAUUUUUAGUAGGGCUGAAAACAGAAAGUCAGUUGGAAGAAAAGAAAGUUCCAGAUGUGCAGAAAGAAAGGGAAGUACCAUUUGACACAUCUGAUACUUCUGGACACAGGUGAUUCUCUUUGGAUAACUUCAUCUAUAUGCUAUAAAUGAGAGAAUCCCAUGUAAAUGCUUAAGCGCUCACUAGGUUAGAACUCGGUAUAAAAUCCUGAUUACUCUUGUGCUGCUGACUUUUUUUUUAAAUGGAGUACAGCUAGUAGCUCUAUGUUUUACAGGAGGAUGUAUUAUAUCUGUUACCAAACAACCUACUGGCACUUGGAAAGACCUCUGAUUUAAGAGGAAGUAUGCAAUCUCCAUCAAGUCAUUUAAAAGUCAAUGGUACAGGAAUUGGGAGUGGAUGACAGAUUUUGUCCUUCCAACUUUGAAUUCUGUAGAUUGAUUCCUUCCUUCCUUCCUUCCUUCCUUCCUUCCUUCCUUCCUUCCUUCCUUCCUUCCUUCCUUCCUUCCUGUUUCUGUUAAAAACAGUUUCCAUUGUGUGGAAGCCUUUGGCAGUGAUGCAACUUCUAUGUAAUCAAAAUGAAUAAUGUAGCAGUUAUUAAUAAAUGCU